AUGACCUGCGCCCUUACGUCUGUACGUACGACGACUGCCGGAAUCCCGAUCAGCUGUAUGACAGCCGUCAGGACUGGAUUCAACACGAGAAUUCUCAUCGAAGGAUAUGGCGUUGUCCGGAGCAUCCAGCUCAUAUUUCUACCUACCUCGACGAAUAUCGCGAGCACUUGCACAAAGAUCACGUUGAUUGUAAUGACGAGACACUGCGAUCCUCGUUCAUUCAUGCUGCUGAAACGACAUUACCAUAGACUGCAUCUGGAACGAUUCUCUUUGUUCUCACUACCUCGAUCAGUUGACCAAGAAAACGAGGAUUCAAAUGAUGGCUUCUCAGACAAGGCCAACACGGCUUUCGAGGGCUCCCGAAAUGAGGACUUCGACUCGGAUGUGGACGUUGAAGGUGAACAUGAUCAAACGACAUCGGCGGCUGGUGUUGCGCGGGCACGUUGGAUGAUGGCGAUCCGCGCAAUCAAAACAAAGAGACUGGUCCGGAGCAUGUUGGGGGGAGAUCGACGAGACGGAAUCAGGCUUGAGGACCAUCAACGCAGACCCAGAUUUCACGAUGCGGAGGGAGCCGCAGUUGCUAUCGCGCAAGCCCUGAAGGGGCAAAACCCAGCUGACAUCAAAUCUCUGAUCAUUGCCAUCCUUCCCGGUCUUUCACACGAGCGAGUCUUGGAUCUCCGGAUCGAAUACACGAAAAUUGCGAAAGCGGGGUCGGAACGUAAAGGAGUCAACCUUGCCAAACACAUCAAGAUGAGACUCGGCACUGAUACUGCGUUUGGUAAGAUUGCAUAUGUCACUUCUCUGGGAAGAUGGGAGAGCGAAGCAUACUGGGCGAAUUUCGGGUUCCAAGACGAGAAACGCCGGCGAGAACUCCUUGUCGAAUCUCUUAUGGGACGUACGAAUCGGGAAAUUAGAGAGAUUAAGGAUGCAUUUUCGGAUAAGAAAUAUAGCGACAGUUUGACGAAGUGUAUAGAUAUGGAGCUACCGGAUGGCAAUUUUAAAAAGGCGGUAUUACUAGGGGUGGAAGAGAAGAGAGGGGAGGAGGGGCCGGAGUAUCCUCUUAAUAGAGUGCUAGUUGAGGAUGAUACGAGGGAUUUAUAUAACGCGGUUACAAGUGAGAAGGGGGAUGAGAGUAUAAUGAUUAGUAUUGUGGUCGUAAGGAGUGAUAGUCAUCUUAGGGAGGUAUUAAAGUUAUAUGAGGCGACUUAUCCGCCCAACUUUGCGAGGGAGAUGUUCAAGAAGAGUGGGAAUUUAGUAGGCGGAGUUCUAGCACAUAUCCUCAACGGCGUAAUCAACAAGCCUGUCCGCGACGCAAUACUCAUACACAACGCCCUAUCCUUCUCUACAUCUAAUAGCCUUCGCACGGAUCUCCUUAUUAGUAGAUUAGUGCGCUGUCACUGGGAUCGUCCGUAUAUAGAGGCGGUCAAGAGGGAAUAUAGGAAGCGGUAUGAGGUUGAUAUGCAGAAGGCAGUAGUGGAGGGCACGAGAGGGGAGUGGGGACAAUUUUGCGAGAUAUUGUGUGGGCCUUAA